CCGACGCUACGAAGUAGUCGUGGGUUAAAUUUUAAAUGGGUCAAGAAACGAGUUUUUCGCGUAAUACAAUUAUUCAUUUCCGUCCGUGUAUAUUCGUUAAAAUCUGAUUACAUUCCUCACCGUUUUGUCUCGAUGCCUUCGAAAGAUAUAACGCGAUCGAAACAGAAUGCUAAAAAGAAGGAAGCUAAUGGAAAAUUAGAAGAAUAUACCAAAGGAAAUACUAAUUAUAUUUGGAUUUUAACCUUUUCUUCUGUCGUACUGUUGACAACAGCUACAAGGUUAUACAAGAUUCACGAACCCGAUCAUGUUUGUUGGGAUGAAACUCAUUUUGGUAAAAUGGGAAGCUGGUAUAUAAAUCAUACAUUUUUCUUUGAUGUUCAUCCGCCAUUGGGAAAGAUGUUGAUUGGAUUGUCUGGUGUUUUAACUGGAUAUAAUGGAACAUUCCCUUUUAAUAAACCUGGUGAUAAAUAUGGUGAUCAUAAUUAUGUUGGCAUGCGUAUUGUAAGUUUUACAGAUGUUGGUGUUUUGACAUUAUCUCAAUAUAUUUUGUUGGAUCCUAUUAUGAUGUUCUUUAUUAUAGGAUCAGUGUUGGGCAUGGCUAAAUUUCACAACAUGAAGGAAAAAUCAUUUUCAUUUCAAUGGUGGUUUUGGUUAUGUUGGACAGGAAUAUUUUUGGCAUGUGCUAUCAGCAUGCCAAGACAAUUGGCUUAUGGUGCUAUCAUCACUUUAAAAAAUCAUCGUACAGGAGGAGGAUAUUUACAUUCACAUUGGCAUCUUUAUCCUGAAGGUAUUGGUGCUAGGCAACAACAGGUCACUGCUUAUUCUCAUAAAGAUGAUAACAACAAGUGGAUUGUAAAAUGGUAUGAUAGACAGCCAAAUUUAGAAAGUAAAAAUGAACCAAUUGAAUUUGUACGUAAUGGAGAUUUAAUUCGUUUGGAACAUUUAGUAACCACACGAAAUUUGCAUAGUCAUAAAGAAGUUGCACCAAUUACAAAACGUCAUCAUCAAGUAUCGUGUUAUGGGGAAAAUGGUACAGGUGAUGCAAAUGAUGUUUGGAAAGUAGAAGUUGUUGGAGGAAAAGAACAUGAAAUUAUUACUACAGUUACUAGUAAAUUGAAAUUUAUACAUUAUUUGACUGGGUGUGCCUUACAUUCACAUUCUAAGCAAUUACCAAAAUGGGGUUACGAACAAAUGGAAGUUACGUGCAAUCCGAACAUAAGGGACAAAAAUAAUUUAUGGAACGUAGAAGACAAUUUCUUCCCGCGAUUACCGAAUGUUAGUUUUGAAGUGUAUGCUCCGAGUUUCCUGGAACGUUUCUUGGAAUCGCACGCGGUUAUGUUACAGGGUAAUGCGGGUUUGAAGCCAAAAGAGGGAGAGGUGACGUCUCGCCCAUGGCAGUGGCCAAUCAAUUACAGGGGACAGUUUUUCUCCGGUCAUCAGUACAGGAUAUAUUUACUUGGAAACCCGAUUAUUUGGUGGGGGAAUCUCAUCUGUUUGGCUAUUUAUAUGCUGGUUCAAGGUUAUAUUUCGGUUCGAUAUCAACGAGGUUAUAAAGACUCGCAGUAUAUUGAAGAACAGAGCGGCAGAAUGAGUUAUGCCUGUCGGUGGUUACUUCUGGGGUGGAUCCUUCAUUAUUUGCCUUUCUACGCCAUGGGACGCGUCUUGUAUUUUCAUCAUUAUUUUCCAGCUCUGUUGUUUAAUUCCAUGCUGUCAGGAGUCAUUCUCAAUUACUUGCUGUUUGUCUUACCAACUUUCUUUCCCUCUAAUCUUGCUCAUUCAUGCUAUCAUUGGCUUUUAGGGACAUCGUUGGCUGUACUUGCAUAUAGUUUUUACUUGUUCCAGCCGCUGAGUUAUGGAAUGGAAGGACCGGUAAGCAACAGUCCUAAUAGUACAAUGUAUGGUUUGAAGUGGCUGGAAUCUUGGGAGUUUUAGAAAAUAUAAAAUCAAAAGUGCCUUUGUAUAUUGAAU